AUGUUCGCAACUGCAUUCACUCCUCGCCGCCAUUAUUGUAGGAUUCGCAGCUGGAAGCCUCUGCCACCAUAUUUGCAAUCUGUCAGCGUUUGCGUCAAACCCGACGUCCGCCUUCUUUCUCCUUCCUUUGAAGAGCCGGGAGGAAAAGCAAGUACAGGAGAGAAGAGCACGGUUCUUGCCGAGGCGAAGCCUGACCUCAUCUCACGGACCCUGUUUCGCUUCCGUCUAAACGCCCCCAGCAAAGCAACCCGGAAAGAAACGACAAGAGGGAUCUCUCGACCAAUCUGUUUCUGUUCAUAUCUAUACAACCGUCCGUUUGCAUCUAUCUAUCUAUCUAUCUAUUUAUCUAUCUAUGACAUUAGGCGAAGAUCUACUUCCAUCAACUAUCUACCUCAUUCUGUUCAUAUCUAUCUAUCUAUCUAUCUAUCUAUCUAUCUAUCUAUCUCAUUCUGUUCAUAUCUAUCUAUCUAUCUAUCUAUCUAUCUAUCUAUCUAUCUAUCUAUCUCAUUCCGUUCAUAUCUAUCUAUCUAUCUAUCUAUCUCAUUAUGUUCAUAUCUAUCUAUCUAUCUAUCUAUCUAUCUAUCUAUCUAUCUAUCUCAUUCUGUUCAUAUUUAUCUAUCAAUCUAUUUAUCUAUCUAUCUGUCUCAUUCUGUUCAUAUCUAUCUCAUUCUAGUCAUAUCUAUCUAUCUAUCUAUCUAUCUAUCCUGUUUACACCUAUCACUACCGUUCUUGUUUGCUUUUCUUUUUUUUUUUUUUCUUUUCUUUCUUUCUUUCUUUCUUUCUUUCUUUCUCAUUAUCUAUCUAUCUAUCUAUCUAUCUAUCUAUCUAUCUAUCUAUUAA